AGUUCGCAAGCAAGCUUGUACUUGUGCUGACUGGAUUUCAUGAUGAGUGAUGUGGAGGCUGUGGAGGAUAACUUUUGGCACCAAUUCUUCACUUACACGAUAACUGCGUCUUCCAUACUCCAGUUAUUAAGUGGAACACCGGUUUGCCUGAAGUUCAUUCGGAAAGGGAACACGGGCGAUGUAUCAAGCUUACCAUUUGUGGUGGGAGCCUUUAAUUGUGUACUAUGGUUUCGAUAUGGAGUGAUUGUGCAGGAGGUCACUGUUCAGAUGUCCAACAUAUUUGGAGCCUUUAUCUUAGGGAGUUACGUCGUCUGCUUCUACAUGUAUACUCUGAAGAAGACCCACGUUUUGAGGCAAAUCGUUUUUGGUGGAGUUUUCCUUGUCACAUUGUUUUAUUUAAUGUCCAUAUUGCGAGAGAGAAGAGGCCUUGAAGAUGAAAGAAGAACCCUGGGUUUUAUUGGAUCCAUUAUAAGUGUGAUAUUUUGUGCCUCCCCAUUGGCAUCGAUUGGAUCUGUGGUCAGGAAUCAGAGCACCGAGUCCCUCCCUUUCCACCUGAUUUUGAUGACCUUCGUGGUCAAUUCACAAUGGUGGGUUCUGGGUACUAUAAUCCAGGAUUCCUUUAUCAAAGUGCCCAACGCCAUGGGAUGCUUGAUUGCUUUAAUUCAAUUGCUUCUUUUUGUCAUUUAUCCGGCCAAGUCAAACAAAGUUGCGAAAUCUUCUUCUGACUACGUUCAAUUACUAUAAGAGUGUUCAUUUGAAGCCGAAACAUGGAUAUAACUAAAAUCAAACGGACAGAUUUGGGUUCAAGCAUUUUUACAUGUAGUCAAAUCAACAAUACUAGUGUUUUAAAGACAAUUUCAGUUCAACCAGCUACUCCCGACCUGUCAUGCACUAAUCGUUUGAAGUUGUUACAAAUUCUUCAAUUUCUUUCAUUUAACAGCUUCCAAACAGAUCAUGAAUCGAUUUUUGCACGGAGGAGUUGAUUUAUGAAAGCAAAAAGGAAAUACUGAACCUUUCUGCCCCUUGAUUAAGCCAUUUUCGAGAGGGAAGAUUCGAGGCACAAAGAAAUCAACUUUUUUGGACCAACUCGUCCCAUUCCUCAAAUGACCCGUCUUCAAAGCUUGUGGUUUGACUCAAACCAAUCAAUUGUUUCAACUAACGCACAAGUCUGAGUUGGAUUCAGAACAUUCCAGUUGAUGGCCCCAUGCAUUCAAAUGCUCUUUUCUACAUACAUGUGGUUGAUUAACCAUGCAGUCAAAUCAAACCAACUUAA